AUGAUACUGUUGCAGUCGCCCUCCAGAUAUCUCCUCCAAAUCUUGUCUACUCGGGUUCAGAAUCUUGAGAAAGGAGUUGAAUUGGAUUGCCAAUGGAUUGAAUUCGAUGAUGUUCGUUAUCAUAUUCAGGCUUCUACGAAGAAUCCAAAUCUCUUAGUGCUAUCAGUAUCGUUACCCACUCCACCUCCAGAAACUGUAUUUUUUGGGGGACUUCCUCCAGAAGCAAUAGAAGCCAUAAAGGCUGCAUAUGGCACGGUAGUACAUAUUCUGGAUCCUCCAAAGGAUGGUUUCAAUCUCACGGUGAAACUGAACCUGUCAAAACUUCCUCCAGAUGAAGAACACCGGCAAGCACUCCUGGGAAAGAUUGCAUCUAUUAGGGAAGUUGUACAGGGUGCACCGCUGAGGGCUGUCCUAAAACAACUUGUCUCAAGGACAGUGAAAUCUGAUUUAAAUAAGCUUAUUUCCCUAGUGCACCGGCCAAAUGAGUCCUUUUUCGUUGUACCUCAGGCAGACAAGGUGACUGUAGUUUUCCCCAUGAGAUUCAAAGAUUCGAUAGAUAGUAUUCUUGCUACUUCUUUCCUCCAGGAAUUUGUGGAUGCAAGGAGAACUGCUGGACUCGGCAAUGCCCCUCAUUAUUUGUGGUCUCCUUCUCCCCCGCAAGAACUGGAAGGAGCUCCUGCUGAAGCAUUAUUGGCAAAUGCUGGUUUUGUCAGUUUUGUCAUUUCCCCACGUCAUGUGCAAGGUAGAAAACUGGACAAAACAGUUUGGAGCUUAUCAACAUUUCAUGCUUAUGUUAGUUACCAUGUCAAGUGUUCAGAAGGUUUCAUGCAUACUCGGAUGAGGCGACGUGUAGAGUCACUGAUAGAGGCUUUAGAUCGUGCCAAACCGGAUUGGAAGAAAGUGAAGAGAGCUGUACAAACUAGAUCAUUUAAACGAUUGAGCAUCAAUGAUGGACGGGCAACUUCAAAUUCCAGAAAUUGA